AUGCUCUCCCUCUGCUCUCCAGAUGCUUCUCUUGCUGUGGCCACGGACCACCACUGCCCAGACGGCCCCGGAAGCUUGGCCACGCUCCCGACCCGAGCCGCGGCCCCCCAGCCUCCCGCCUCCCACGCCAGCCCCCUGGGCCUCACCUGCUCCCGCUGGCAGCUGGCCCCGGGCCCGAGGCUGAGCUGCUGGGAGGUGCGGGGGGCAGCCCGGGGGCUGGCCGGGGCACGUGGGGCCCUGCUCCAGGCGACUCUGCGGGCCCUGCCCAGCCAGGAGGGGUCACAGUGCAGCGCCCACACUCACCUCCGGCUCCUGCUGCAGCUGGAGCCCGGACGCGGGGUUCUGGUGGCAGCUGCUGUCCCCGGGCGGCACUCACCAGUCGGGGGGGCGGAGAGCCAGGAGCCGGGACCACAGCUGCUUCCGGAGCUGCCCGCAGCGUCCCAGGCAGAGGCCGAGAGCAUGGAGCUGUGUGCUGCUGCCCGGGCGGGCCCCCGGGGCAUGGAGCUCCCCCAGGAGGACGCUGGGGACAAGCCUGGCCGGCCACCGCGCAGUGUCUCCUGCUCCUCCUGCUCAUCGUCCUCCCCAGGGGCCAGCAGGGACGACCUUCCCGGCACCGGCGAGGCGGCUGCAGCCACAGCCGCUCUGGGCACCUCAUCCUCCUCCUUGGGCUUUGAGACCGACGGCGGGGAUGGUGGGGACGGUGUGGCAGGCUGCCAGACUCUUGGAGACGGCGAGCAGGGCCCCAAGCUCCCGGACCUGCUCACCAAGGCCCAGGCCCGCCGGGACCCGCUGAGGGCCGGCCCCGAGGGUGCCCACUACAUCACCACCCAUGAGAUCCAGCUGAGCGAGGUGGAGCAGGACACGGACUUCGACGUGGGGCUGGCCUCCCGCUGGGACUUUGAGGACAAUAACGUCAUCUACUCACUCGUGGACUACGCGUCCUUUGGGGGCAGCGACGAGACCACGGGGGACGCGACCACCCCAACCGAGGAGGACGAGGAGGGCAGCUGCUACGUCAGCACCACGCCCAGCAGCAACCCCGCCCGCUCGCCCAGCGCCCCCAGCAGCGGGCACAGCACCGAGGCGGAGGCCCCCGGCCAGCCACGCCAGGCCUGGCCCGAGCCCCCGCGGGCAGCCCCAGGGCCGGGCUCGCGCAGCUGCGGGCGCCAGAUCCUCCUAUCAAUCACGCAGGCCGGGGCUAUAAAUGAGCCUAGCGCGGGGCCAGCCCUGCAGCUGCCCCGAGGCGCCGGCCAGCAUGCAGGCGACAUGAGCCUCCGGCUGGCCGCCGAGCGCGGCCGCGGCGGGGCCCUGCGCGCCUGGGAACUCGCCGACCGCUCCGGGGGGGCGUCCAGCGGCCUGAGCGAGCUGGACGAUGCCGACCAGGAGGUGCGCAGCCUGACCAGCCGCGCCUUCCGCAGCCUGGCCUACCCCUGCUUCGAGGCCCUGCACGUCAGCUCGCGGGAGUCCACGCUGUCCGCACUGUCCGACGGGGGCCUCGGGCGCUGGUCCACGCUGCUGGACCUCAAGUGCGCGGCCGUGGGCGCCCGGGUGGAGCAGAGCCUGCGGAGGGGCAGCGCGGCUUCGGUGGCCGCGGGCCUGCGCAAGGGCGGCGGGGCCGGGCCGGGCGCCGAGCAGCUGCAGGCCCAGGCCAGGAGGGCGCAGAGCAGGGCGCUGGAGUUCGUGGUCAGCAAGGUGGACGGAGAGAUCAAGCAUGUGGACACCCCGCGCCGCACUCAGGCGCAGCCCGGCCCGCGGGAGCGCAGCGACAGCAAGGCCAGCUCGGCGGCCAGCGAGAGCGGCCAGCCCGCGCCCCAGAAGAAGUCGCGGUUCGCGUCCAGCCUGCUCCAGAACGUCAUCUCCAAAAAGAUGCAGCGCGAGCAUGAGUUCCGCAUGGAGCGCGGGGAGGCCGGCGACCCCGGUCCGCGGGAGGCGCCCCCCGCGGCCCUGCAGCGGCAGAGCUCCCGGCACUCGGAGACAGGCUCGGAGGGCACGGCGGGCGGCGCGGCGGAGGCGGACGGCGCAGCAGGCGCCAGGUCCCCCGGGUUCAGGGCCAGCGCGCCCAGGGAGAGCGCCCCGGGCCCCGCGGAGGACGGCGGCGAGGGUGCGAGGGCCGCGGCGGACGCGGCCAGGGGCGCGCUGGCCCGCAGCCAGCACAGCGCCUUCCGGGCCUGGCGGGACCAGGAGGCCGAGCGCGGCCCGGAACCGGCCCCCGGGGGCACGUCCAAGGCCCCCGCAGGGCCCGGCCCCGGGGAGCCCCCCGCGGCAAAGCCCACCCUCAGGUCACGCCUCUUCGUGCCGCACAUCCAGCAGACGCCCCGGGACGCGCGGCCGGGUCAGCCGGCCACCUCCACGGCCGUGGUCAGGCCCAAGGCCCCCGAAAUCAAGAUCCGCCUGGGCAGCGUCCAGCAGCCGGCAGGCGCGGACUUCAGCAUCGCGCAGCUGCUGACGCCGCGGCUGGCGGGCGCGGAGGCGGCCCGGGCGCCCCCGAGGCCGCGCGCCGACGGCCCCGACAAGGUGCCGCAGUUCCAGGUGCGCGACGUGCGCGACCGGGGCAGGGCGCAGGGCCCGCUGCACCCCGUGCGCGACGUCAGGAAGCUGCUCAAGGGGCCAGCGGACGGCGACAAGGCCGGCGGGACCCCCGAGCAGGGCCCCAGCCCCCGGCCGCGCCCCGGGCCGCCGUCGCCCGUAGUGGCCACCGGCCCGCCCCCCGCGGGCCGGCGGGAGGACGCGGACCGCGGGGCGCGCGCGGGCUCCCCUGAGGGCACCGUGCUGGUGCACCGCGCGUCCGGCCGCCUGCCCGUGGCCACCAUCGCGCCCAACAAGGCCGAGCAGGGCCCCUUCCUGCCCGUGCUGCGCAUCGUGUCCACGGCGCCCGGCGGGGCGCGCGGCGAGGGACGCGGCGAGGGGCGCGGUGAGGGGCGCGGCGCGCUGCAGCGGCUGACGGCAGCCGUGCGCUCCAUGGACGAGCUCUGCGGCCUCCCUCGCCACGCCUGGAAGCGCCGCAGCGACCCGCUGCCCGCGCUGGCCGGCAGCCACGUGCUCUCCCUCAUUGCCCGCGAGGAGCAGGCCGGGUCCGGCCCGGCCGAGGCACUGAGGCGCCGGAACUCCAACCCAGGCCCCGACGGCGCGUCCCCGCGGGCCGCUGAGGGCCAGGCCCGGGAGCGCCCGCGCUCGCUCUGCCUGGCCCCCGCACCCCAGGACCCUCCGAGGAGAGGCGCCGUGGCCGGCAAGUUCCCCCAGGGCUCACCCCCCGACGGCCCGGCCACUCCGCCGGGCGCCCCGCGGCCCCUCAAGGCCUCCCCCCCGGCGGCCAGGGGUCCCUCCGAGGGGCUGCCCGGCCGCAAGGGCGACUGCGAGAGCUGCCUGGUCAUCCCCCCGAAGCGCAGGGACAACCCCCCGACGUCCUCGGCUGCCACACUCUGCAGCCUGCCCCCGCUCAGCGCCCGUACUCAGGUGCCCGCCGCGCCCCGGGGCUCGCAGGACACGGCCAGCAGGCCGGCAUGGCGCAGCAAGCCGGCCCGGGAGAAGGCGGCCCCCGAGCAGCCCCCUGCGGGCGCCUUCCCGGGCGCGCCCCUUGCCCAGCCCCCUGUGCUUUGCUUCUCCCCGCCCGGCCUGCCAGCCCCGGCCCCGACUGACCCCUUCGCGCCGCCGCGGGCCCCACAGACACAGCGCAAGGUGCUCCUGGACGUGACCACCGGCCAGUACUACCUGGUGGACACGCCGCUGCAGCCAGCCACCCGCAGACUGUUCGACCCCGAGACCGGGCAGUAUGUGGAUGUGCCCGUGACCGCCCAGCAGCCGGCCGUGGCGCCCGUGUCCCUGCCCGUGGCCCUGAGCCCCGGGGCCUACGCCCCCACCUACAUGAUCUACCCCGGCUUCCUACCCACCGUGCUGCCCCCGGCCCCGCUCCAGCAGGCACCACGCAGCGCUGCGCCCGGGGAGUCCCCGGGCAAGGAGACCACCUACUUCCUGGGCUCUGGCCCGGCCCCCGCCUCGCCGCCCUCUCCGGCCCCGGCCACUGCCCAGCUCCUGGGCGCGGGGGGCUUCAGCCCCGGGCAGGCCGAGCCUGUCAUCAGCAUCACCUCGCAGCCGCUGGGGCCGCGGAUCGUCGCGCCCCCCUCCUUCGACGGCACCACCAUGAGCUUCGUGGUGGAGCACCGAUGA